AAAAAUCAAGAGUUUGGCGGGAAUUUGCCGCGUAAGGGUGGAAAAGGCCAGAACCAGACGGUUUGUCUGCAAUGGAUGCGGAGCAGGACUUGCGAGAGCACCAGCGACAGUACCUAGACUUCCUUGACGACAGCGAAGAUCAGGGUCUCUACAAUGAGAAGGUUAGGGACAUGAUCCGUUCCCAUAGCAACCGUCUCCUGGUCAACAUCAACGACCUCCGGAGGAAGAACGGGAGAAGAGCCAUGCGACUGCUGAACGAAGCUAACAUUGAGUUGCUGGCAUUCCAGAGAGCUCUAAAAGAAUGCGUUCUCACUGUAGACGAUGCUUACGGGAAACAAUUUGAGGAGUUCCACGUUGGAUUUGAGGGGAGCUUUGGUUCCAAACAUGUGACUCCGCGUUCUCUGUCGGCUGAUCUGCUCGGCUGUCUGGUGUGUGUGGAGGGAAUUAUCACUAAAAGCUCUCAGGUGAGGCCAAAGGUGGUGAAAAGUGUCCAUUACUGUCCUGCCACGGGGAAGACAAUGGAGAGGAAAUACACAGACCUCACCUCCCUGGAACCUUUCCCUACCUCUGCCGUCUACCCCACCAAGGACGAGGACGGGAAUUCUCUGGAGACGGAGUACGGGUUGUCGGUGUACCGAGACCACCAGACCCUCAGUAUCCAGGAGACUCCAGAGAGAGCUCCAGCCGGGCAGUUGCCACGGGUACUGGACGUUAUUCUUGACGGCGAUCUCGUUGACAGUUGCAAGCCAGGUGAUCGGGUUCAUGUAGUUGGAACCUACCGCUGUUUACCUGGGAAGAAAGGAGGCUACACUUCCGGAACAUUCCGCACCGUUCUCCUGGCCUGUAGCGUCAUACAACAGAACAAGGAGGCCGCACCCCUUUUCUCUCGGAGAGAUGUCGCCAAGAUCAAGAAGUUUAGCAAGAACAAUAGAUUUGAUCCAUUCGAGAUGUUGGCUCACUCUCUUGCUCCCUCAAUUCAUGGCCACACCCACAUCAAGAAGGCAGUACUGGCAAUGUUGCUGGGCGGAGUCGAGAAGAUUCUGGAGAACGGCACUCGUCUCAGAGGGGACAUCAAUAUUCUACUGGUUGGAGACCCCUCAACUGCCAAGUCUCAGAUGCUGCGCUACGUUCUGCACUCUGCGCCUCGUGCUGUCACGACGACCGGCCGAGGAACCUCGGGGGUGGGGCUUACCGCUGCCGUGACGACCGACAUGGAAACAGGGGACAGACAGCUGGAGGCUGGGGCAAUGGUCCUUGCCGACAGGGGCGUGGUCUGUAUUGACGAGUUUGAUAAGAUGAGUGACCUGGACCGCACAGCUAUCCACGAGGUAAUGGAGCAAGGAAGAGUUACCAUAGCAAAAGCCGGGAUCCACGCCAAACUAAACGCCAGGUGCAGUGUCCUCGCUGCAGCCAACCCAGUGUAUGGGAGGUAUGAUGAUUACAAGGCUCCGAUGGACAACAUUGGGAUGCAGGACUCACUGCUGUCUCGGUUUGACCUCAUCUUUGUGGUGCUGGAUGAGAUGGAUCCAGAACAGGAUCGCCGGAUCUCAGAACACGUCCUCCGCAUGCACCGCUACAGGAACCCCGGGGAACAGGAUGGAGAGGUGUUGCUAAUGGGUGGUGGAGGAGAGUGUCUAGCCACGGGGGACGGAGGCAAGGGAGGAGUGGACGAUGAGGAGGAGGAAGAGGAGGAGGAAGAGGUUAUGGUGUUUGAUAAACACGAUGCCCUCCUCCACGGAGACAGCAGAGCAGAGAAAUUUGUGUCGAGCAAGUUUCUGAAGAAGUACAUCCACGUGGCGCGGGCUCUGAAACCAGUGUUGACUCGAGAGGCGUGCGACCUCAUCUCCACUGAGUAUGCCAAACUCCGCGCACAGGAGACUGCCAACAGAGACACUGCCAAAACGCAGCCAGUAACGGCUAGGACACUUGAGACACUGAUUCGACUGUCCACAGCUCAUGCCAAGGCCCGCAUGAGCAAACAUGUGGAGGAACAAGAUGCUGAGUCAGCAAUCAACCUUGUCAACUUUGCCUACUUCAAGAAAGUGGCUGUCAAACCGAGGAAGAAGAAGAAGGAUAAGGAGAGAAAGAGACAGCGACCAGCUGGACUGCCACACCCACCCAAGAAGAGGCCUGGAGAAGAUGGAUACGACCCUUACGACUUUUCCAGCAGCGAGAGCGAGGGGGAGGAGUCAGCCCCACCCACUUCUCAGUCGCAGGAUCAAGAGGUUCCCAUGGAUACGGGUCCAGUCCAGCUAUCAGCCAAACGGUUGACAAUGUUCCGUUCCAAAGUGGGUGUGGCAUUCUCUGGUGAGCACGCUCAGAGCCUACCCCUGGCCAGACUAGAGGCAUUAGUCAAUGCCGGUUUGCCAUGAUGACCCAUUCUCCAGUGGGGAGGUGUCGGCAGGUCUGGUUGCCAUGGAGGAAGCCAACCAAGUGAUGGUGUCUGAGGGGGUUGUGUUUCUGAUCUGACGACUUUGUUACAACAUUAUAGACAACUUCAUUAUGAUGUUAACGUGAAUGAAGUUUGCUAUCUACUUGGAUUCCAUUUACAUGUCACAGAUUCAUAAGCACAAAUUAGUGCACAUAGUAAAUUUCGUCAGCGCGUAUCCUAUCCGUAAAAUUACGGACAAAUACUGCCGAGCCCAAUCGCUUGGGGGAGGAGGCAGAGGAGGAGUUUAGCGCGGCGAUGGCUGCUCCCAGACGUGUUCCUCCUCCUCGUUGGCUGGACUGUCCUAGGAAAGGAAAGUUGUUAGGAGGGAAGUUUCUUCCUUUCAAAACUCCGCUGAGUGGGAGCUUUAUCGACAUGCGGGAAGACUCACAAUUUUCUCCUGGUAUGCUGCUAGACGCAGUCAGCGGGCAUGGCUUGACAAUGGGCCUAGUGGUGGAUUUAACAAAAACUGACAGGUUCUACGAUAAGGCAGACCUAGUGUCCAGAGGUGUCGGCCACUAUAAACUCAGAUGUGAAGGGUUUGGUAGUGCUCCAACUAUUCAGCAGACUGCAGAGUUUUGUCAGAUGUGUGCUCACUUCUUCCGGCAACAUCCUGACAAUAUCAUUGGAGUCCACUGCACCCAUGGCUACAAUAGAACUGGUUUUCUAACGAUAGCGUACCUGGUGGAGCAGGAUGAUUGGAGUGUAGAGGCUGCGAUAUCUGCAUUCUCUAAAAGCCGACCUCCCGGCAUUUACAAACAGCACUACCUGGAGGAACUUGUGUCUCGCUAUAGUGGGAAUAUGGCGGAAGUGUCUAUUCCAGGUACUUGGUUAAGGUAGUCUCAGAGAUGGUUAUUGUGUUGUGUGGACUUUCACAGAGCUGCCAGAGUGGUGCCUGUUGGAAGGCCAGGAAUUAGGGGAGAGAGAGGGAGAGGAAGAGGAAGGUGGGCGGGACACCGGCUCAAGGAAGAGAAGGAGAGAGUUGCAGAAAGAAAAUGCAACGUUUGCUGUGUGUAUGUCGGAAGUGUCGGUGGUGCAAGGACCAGCGAGGGAAGAGGUCCAACGUCGCUGUCAAGACAUCCUAAACUGGGAGGGGUCUGGAUUCCCUGGCUCCCAGCCUGUGUCCAUGGACAAGAAGAACCUUCAGCUGAUUCGUGCAAAACCUUACCGUGUCAGUUGGAAAGCAGACGGUACAAGGUAUAUCAUGUACAUCAGGGGCAAAGGAGAGGUUUUCUUACUGGACCGCGACAAUUCUGUGUUCUCCUGCCCUGUGCUCACGUUUCCAUCCCGAGCUGAGAGAGGACACUUGGCUGACACCGUACUGGAUGGGGAGCUGGUUGAAGACAAGUUGCCCAACGGAGUUCGCCCACGCUACCUGGUCUAUGACAUAAUGCAGCUGUCUGGACGACCUGAUAUCGCAAGGUGUGACCAUGCCACUCGUCAGCGGUGUAUUCAAGAGGAGAUCAUUGCCCCCAGAGACAUUGCUGCCCAGCAUGGCUCCCUUGACAAGCAAGCAGAGCCAUUCAGUGUGCGACUCAAGCAGUUUUGGGAUGUGAAGGACACACGUUGGGUUUUGGAUAGGUUUGUGCCAAAGCUGACUCAUGAAAAUGAUGGAUUGGUGUUCAACCCUCUCCAAGAUGUAUGGCUCAGCUCUGUGCACUAUUGCUUGUGGUACUACAGUGUACCCACAGCCUUACAAACCUGGACAAAGUCCAUCAGUGCUCAAGUGGAAGCCUCCAAGUCUCAAUACAGUAGACUUCAAACUGGCCAUUGUUGAAGAUGACAGGCCGGGGUAUGCUCAUUCUUUAGCACUGUGUCUACUGUCCAACUCACUGCCUGCUAUAUACAGAAUGCUGAAAGAGAAAGUUGGUCAGCUGUGGGUUGGAGGAUAUCAAGUCCCAUUUUCACAAAUAGAUCUCAAACGCAACAAGGAAGCCCGUAACCAUAAUGGGCGUAUAGUUGAGUGUUCCUGGAGCCCUCACGGUUGGACUUUCCUCAGACUGAGGGAAGACAAAAGUUUCCCCAACAGCUACACCACAGCAGCCAGUGUGUGUGCCAGUAUAAAGGAGCCAGUGACACGUGACAUUCUGCUGCGUGUGGUGGAGAAUGAGCGAUGGGUCCCGAGGCUACCUCCAACCAACACCACUCCUUCAGACACCCAGCAACUGAUGCCUCCUCCUAAGAAGAUGCCUCGCACUGAACCACAACCUUCAUGAAGCUUUUACUGUUCUCCAUGCAUAUCUCUCUCUCUCUCUGUCUUCAUACACACCUGAACUUUGUAACAAUAUCAUACAUUCCUGCCUGUGUAGUGUGGUGGCAGUGGAAUAGUGUUCGCAGGUAGUUACUUCUUUUGAGGGGCAAUGAUACCUUCCAACUGAGCCUGCAGCUGCUGGUUAGUCUUCCUGAGGGCCUGGAGCUCCUCCUGGUGCUUCUUCUCUGACAACUGCCUCUUUUCUGCCUCUGUUUUCUCUAUUGUGUCACACUUGUUACGUAAUUCCAUCACCUGAUGCUCAAGAUUUCUCUGCUCUUUUUCCAACUCCUCGAUCUUCUGUUGGAGGUCCACUUUCCCCUGCUCUGCCAACAGAGCCUUCCGCAUGCCAAAAGCGGUGCUGCUCUCAUACAGGGUUUGAUAGGCUGCAAUUGUCAUUCUGAUCUCAUCUCGAACUCUUAGAAGAAGAAUGCCUCUCUCUGCACAGUUUAUAGUCACUUGUCUAAUCACCUCAUCUGAAGUGUUGGGAUGUACAGAUAGGUUAGAGUUAUCACAUAAAUAUUUUCUGACCAAAACAUUGAGAAUAGAGUUCUCUGCGAACUGGGCAGAUGCCAGUUUCUCGAGCCUGUCUCUGCUGCAACAAAGUGUCCAGUUGCUCCUGUAGGUUGGUGACGUCUAGUCUGGUGGCUGGAGUACUGGACACUCUCUGCACCCAAAGCUGACCUUCUUCUGACCACUCUCGAGGAGGCAAGACACUGUCCAGGAUUUCUUCCGUCUGCUGACUCUUCUGAGUCUCCGCUGGGCUCGACUUGGCCUUAGGAGGACUAGGCACCGGACCACCACCGCCCAUCGCUGCUACCGUAGGUUGUUGCUUGGGGCGACCCUUCUUUCUGUCAGUGUUCCUACUGAUGAGCACGGGAGUGUCAUACUUCACGAGCGAUGCAGCUGCAGGAAUCACGCUCAUCUUCUUGUUACGCUGCAGUUUGUUUGUUGCUAAGCAACAGGGGU